AUGGACCAGCAGCAACAGCAACCCCCGCAGCAGCCGCAGCAGCAGCAGCAGCAGCAGCAAUCGCAGUCUCAACAGCAUGCUUCUCAGCAGCAGCCCCAGGUUGGCGGCGUCCCUGGGCCUGCUGGACGCAGACUUCAUAUUGCCCAUCGCCGAAGCCCUUCUGAGCUGACGCCACUGAUGAGCAUGUUUGCUAACCCUGGAAUGGAGCAGCUUGCCAUUCAGCAGCAGAUCGAGCUGUUGCAGCAACAGCAGCAGCAGAUUCAAGCUACGCAUCAGCAAUAUGUCAGCAUGGGGAUGAUGCCUCCGGGACAACCUCUUGGUCCUGGCGGUGCGUUCAAUCCUUUGCAGCCAAUGCCCAAUAUGUCGCAAGCUGCUUUCCAAUUCCCCAACCAAGUACCUCAGCAAAACAUUGCCCCCCCUACCCAGCCACUUUCACAUCGCCGUAAUCAGUCGGCACUCCCCAACAUGGGUAUGGGACCCCCUCCCGCACCUUCCUCCGGUGCUUCUGGAAACGCUCCCUUCGGAAGCUUUGAGGCCCCCCAGGCCCAAGCCCAAGGCCGAGAGAACGCUGGAGGCCGAGGUGGUCGUGGUGGGCCCCCUGGCGGAGGUCAUCAGAGAAGACACUCUCUGGCUCUUGCCGAUGCCAAGAAGGCCGCCGAACUCGCCCAGCAGAAACGAACAACUACAGGCUUCUCAUUCCCUGCCUCUCCUGCCCCCGAUGAUGAGAACAAGCCCGCUGCUCAGCCUACCCUCGAUGUUCCCGUCGCUCAAGGAUCGACUCGUGGAGGACGUGGAGGUCAUGGCCGCAGCCAGAGUAUGGCUGUCAAUGGCCGUGGAGGUGGUCGUGGCGGCGGCUUAAACGCUGAGAGCAACGAGUUCCAGCGUCGCGGAAGCGGCCACGCCCGUACCGGAUCCCGCAACUUCGAAGGAAACUGGCGCACCCAAGGCCAAGAUCAAGGUGGCAACGCUGGUCAGAACCAAGGCUUCCAGCCUGGUCAUCGACCUCGUGGAUCCAUGAACCAGUCCGUCUCUGGAGUUGGAGGCUUCCAGUACAACCCUAACCAACCUCAGGUUAUGCAGAUGCCAAACCAAAUGAUGAUGCCCCAGAUGUAUGGUCAGCAGCUUAACCCUAUGCAACUGAACCAGUUGCAGGCAUUGCAAGCCGCUCAGAUGAACGGUCAGCAAUUCGUGGGCCUUCAGGGCUCACAGCACGCUGGUCAGCUCGGUGGCCAGCAGCAGCAACAGCAGCGCAAGACCCUUUUCACCCCUUAUCUUCCCCAGGCCUCUCUUCCCGCCCUCUUGGGUGAUGGUCAACUCGUUUCUGGUAUCCUCCGUGUUAACAAGAAGAACCGUAGCGAUGCUUACGUUACCACUCAGGAUGGCCUCCUUGACGCCGAUAUCUUUAUUUGCGGUAGCAAAGACCGAAACCGUGCGCUUGAGGGUGAUCUCGUUGCCGUUGAGCUCCUGGACGUCGAUGAAGUCUGGGGCCAGAAGCGCGAGAAAGAAGAAAAGAAGAAGCGCAAGGACAUUACCGAUACUCGAUCCGGAUCCACCAACCAGGGUAACCAGAACUCUAGUAACAACAAUGACGGCAACCCCCCUGAGGGUGGUAUUCGCCGCCGUGGCAGUCUGCGUCAGCGACCCACACAAAAGAAGAACGACGACGUCGAAGUCGAGGGUCAGAGCCUUCUCCUUGUCGAGGAGGAGGAGAUCAACGACGAGCAGAAGCCUCUGUACGCUGGUCAUGUCGUUGCAGUUGUGGAGCGAGUUGCAGGUCAAAUGUUCUCUGGAACUCUUGGUCUGCUCCGCCCCAGCAGUCAAGCCACCAAGGAGAAGCAGGAGGCUGAGAGGGCCGCUCGCGAGGGUAACAACUCCCGUCACCCUGAGCCUCGUCAGCAGGAGAAGCCAAAGAUUGUUUGGUUCAAGCCUACAGACAAGCGUGUGCCUCUUAUCGCCAUCCCCACUGAGCAGGCUCCCCGCGAUUUCGUUGAGAAGCACCAAGACUAUGCGGAUCGAAUUUUUGUGGCCUGCAUAAAACGCUGGCCCAUUACUUCGCUCCACCCCUUCGGAACUCUCGUCGAACAGCUUGGACGCAUGGGUGAUCUCAAGGUUGAGACUGAUGCUCUCCUUCGCGAUAACAACUUUGCUUCAGAUGAGUUCUCUGAUGCUGUUCUCCGCAGCGUCGGUCUCCAGGAUUGGUCUCUCGAGAAGGAGGACGAGGCUGCUGUGGCCGAGCGCCGUGACUACCGUGAGGAGAAGGCUUUCACAAUCGACUUCAACGGGGGCGCCGAGCUUGGCAAUGCAGUCCACGCCAAGUCCCGCCCUGAUGGCAAGAUUGAGAUUGGUGUCCAUGUUGCUGACAUUGCUCACUUUGUCAAGCCCAACUCUCUUGUGGAUCGUGAAGCGAAGAAGAGAGGCACAUCCGUUCAGCUCAAGAACCGCUUCUGCGCUUUGCUGCCUCCCAAGCUGUGUACCGAAAUCUGCUCUCUGACUCCUGACCAGGAUCGUCUAGCUGUUUCUGUUGUUUUCAACGUGAACCCCCUCACCGGAUCUGUCUCCGAAGGUGACGCAUGGGUUGGCCGUUCAAUUGUCAAGAGUGCCGGCAAGGUCUCUCUUGAUGACAUCAAUGAUGCACUUAAUAACCCUUCUGAGUACAAGAACCAAGCUGUUCCCGUCAACACCAUUCAAAUUCUCAACGCUGUUUCACAGAAGUUCCGGGAAGCUCGUCUGGGCGCAGGCGGCGAGCCAAUUGCCCCUCUUAGGUUGUUCCAACAGCUCGACGACGAAAACGACCCUGUCCAAGAUAACCUCUUUGACUCAACUCAGGCUCUCGAGCUUGUUGAAGAGUUGCUUCACAAGGCCAAUGCUCAUGUCGCACAGCGCCUUGUUGAGGGACUUCCCGAGAAGGCUUUCCUGCGACGCCAGUCUGCCCCCAACCCUCGUCGACUCCAAACCUUUGUUGAGCGCAUGACAGCUCUGGGCUAUGACAUCGACUCAUCUGGCAGUGGUGCCCUUCAAAACAGUCUUUUCAAGGUCGAUGAUCCCGAUCUGCGCAAGGGCAUGGAGACACUUGUCGUUAAGUCUAUGCAGAGGGCGAAGUACUUCGUCUCAGGAAAGACCAACAAGCAAUUGUGGCCUCACUAUGCCCUCAACCUGCCUGUCUACACCCACUUCACCAACCCCACUCGCCGAUACGCCGACAUAAUUGUGCAUCGCCAAUUGGAGGCUGUUCUCUCCGAAGGCAAGAUUGAGUUCACUGAUGACCUGGAGAACCUUGUUAAGACUGCUGAGUCCUGUAACACCAAGAAGGACUCCGCUCAAAAUGCUCAGGAGCAGAGUGUUCACAUCGAGUCUUGCCGAACAAUGGACAAGAAGCGACAGGAAGCCAACGGUGAUCUCAUCGCUGAGGGUAUUGUCCUGUGCGUUUACGAAUCAGCCUUUGAUGUCCUCAUUCCUGAGUGGGGCUUCGAGAAGCGAGUUCACUGCGAUCAGCUGCCCUUGAAGAAGGCCGAGUUCCGCAAGGAGAAGCGCGUCCUCGAGCUUUACUGGGAAAAGGGUGUCCCCAGCUCCGCGUUCGUGCCCGAGGAUGAGCGACCCAAGGCUGCGGCAUCCAUUCGACACUCCAACGCUAUUGCUGCUCAGCGACAGGCUGAGGAGGUUGAACGUGCACGAAAGGAGCGCGAGGAGGCUACCCGUAAACAAACCGACACGGGCACCAUCUCUACUGAUGAUGUUGAUGCCCUGUUCGACGACGACGAUGACAACACAUCGGAUGUCACCGAGGCUAUGGCCGGAGCUUCACUGGCCGAACGCCCAACGCAGAGCGUUCCUGGUUCCCCAACUCGUUCCACCUCCACCGCUGGCAACCUGCACCGCACCCGCUCUGACUCCAAGGUACCCGUGGCAGAGGCUGUUGAGACUCGCCUCUCAAACAAAGAGAAGUACCUUAACCUGUUCUCGCUCCGUGAAGAGGGAGGUGAUUACAUCCAGGAUGUGACAGAGAUGACGAGAGUGCCGGUCAUUCUGAAGACGGAUCUUACCAAGAGCCCACCUUGCCUCACAAUUCGAUCCCUAAACCCCUACGCUCUGUAA